GGAAGUAAAACGGGGAGCGGGUUUGUUUUGUUUGUGGCAACCAUUCUUUCCGUGUGAAAGAAGCGAAUACUAGCUGAAAAUCCAACUCUGUCGACUGAAAAUGUCUAAAUUACAGUUGUUGCAUGUGUUUUUAAAUGAACGUUUAACGGCGGCUGCUGUGGAGAUUUUCGGAGCAGUUGAGAAAACGGUAGCGGAGUACCAGGAGGAGAAUUAUCGUCUACGGAGACUACUGCGGAUAACACCGGACGUAAAACAAUACUCCUUGCAGCUCUCUCUCGCUGUUUCUGAAGAGAAUGUUCCCCUUGAGCAGGAGUGGAGCCCCAGUCUGGGACAGGAGGACCCAGAGCCCACACAGAUUAAACAGGAACAGGAGGAACUCAGGGCCAGUAAGGAGGAAGAGCAGCUUCAAGGGCAGGAGGCUAAUAUCAUAGAGUUCAAUUUACCUCAUCUUUAUUUGAAAAGUGAUUGUGAUCAGGAAAACCCUCUUCAUUCCUUGACUCUUCCCCAAACCCAGACUGUGGAGAACAGAGACAGUGCCUCUAAACCAGUGGAUCUCACACCUUUUGUCACUGUUACCCACCUGAAGAGUCUUGACAUUCCCUGUGACACUCCAGAUAAUCAAAACAAUGCCUACAGCUCAGCUGUAAGCAGUGACCCAGUAGGACUUGACAGCAGCCCACCAUUGCAUCCCAGCCCACCAUUGGAUUCCAACCCAUCAAUGGGGGAACACUGUUCCAAACCCAGCACCACGUCUAGAAAAACUCACCGCUGCUGUGAUUGUGGUGAAAUGUUUGCUCUGAAAGCUGACCUGCAGGGGCAUGUGACUCUCGCCAAGAAGAGACCCAGUGAAUGCCGCCUCUGCAAAAAACGCUACAACUCCACCUGUAAAUUGAAGGCCCAUGUCAGACUCUGUCACGUGGAGAAACCCUGCACCUGCCCCUUUUGUGGAAAGACCUUCAAACUCAAAGGAGAUCUGUCCAGACAUAUGAGGAUUCACACAGGAGAGAAACCAUUUAGCUGUGGAGACUGUGGUAAGAGUUUCAAUCAGAAGGGACACCUAACAGAACAUAUAAGGACUCACACAGGAGAGAAACCAUUUAGCUGUGGUGACUGUGGGAAAAGCUUCAUUCAGAAGGGGGACCUAAGGAGGCAUGUACUGACUCACACCGGAGAGAAACCAUUUAGCUGUAGAGGCUGUGGGAAAAGCUUCAAUCGGAAGGGGAACCUGAACUUGCACAUACUGACUCACACAGGAGAGAACGUCCACAAAUAAAGAAACAAGUAAAGAAAACAGAAUGAAAAAUCAAAGAGGAAACUAAUUAGGACAAAGACAUCUUGUCUGAAGAUGGACAACACUUUGGAAAAGCAAAGCAACUCUGGAUCAUUCAUUCUCUGGAUUUCAGAUAAAUAGAUGUCAUGAAUUUACUUUUGUAAAAUGUUCUAUGUAAAAAAAAGUUUGAUUUAAUCUAACAGUACAGAGUAGUUUAAAACAAUAACAUGGUCUGCUGUUCAAUGUCUCUUGAUGUAUUCACUUCAUUAUAAACAGGAAAUCCUGGUCGUUUGUUUUAGGAAUGUCUGGAAAAUAGUCUGACAGAUGUUAUUGACAUAAAAAAAAAUGUAUACUCCAAUAAAAUGUGUACUUGCAUUUGUCCAAUAUCAAUUUUCA